AUGAAUCCAGGCACCGUCCCCGGAGGCGGACCUGGUGCGAACCGACCGCCAGGCCCGCCCCCUGCGGUGCGUCGAAAGAAACCACAAUCAGACCCAUUCUUCAAAGGCCCCAGGAAGAACCCCAACCCGACUGGUAUCAAGCAGGUUAAUGGCAGUGCAACUCCCCUUGCCAAUGGCCAGCCUCCCGCGAAGCGAAUCCCAGUCCCAAAUCCUCUGCGGCCUUCCAAACCUGAAUCUGCCAUACCCGAAAAUGAGCGUGUCAGCGGUUUCAGUGACCCGCGGGUCGCUGCUGAAGGGAUUCCCUACCAAGACUACAAGCUUGUGACAUCCAAGAAGGAACUCCUCAAUGGUCUGCGGUAUCAUCUGCUGCAGCUGGCCGGUGAGAAGGUUAUCGAUAUUCGUAAUGAGGCCGAAUUCCCGAAGCCGGCUCGUCUCCAUCGACGCGAUCCUCGAGCGCCACCGCCUGGUCAUCAGCAACAGCAACAGCAACCCAAAGAAGAAGACCAACCGCCGGAGCCCAAGGACGGUUUGACCGCUACCGAGCGAGAAGAGGUAAACAAGAGGAAAGAAGCAAGGCAGAGGGAGCGGGAGGCCAAUCUUGCCCAGAUAGCACCGUCACAGGGCGCAGGUCGGAAGAUAAAUUUCAAGAAGAAGACCCAGCAGGUUUUCAGGCCCGACUAUUCCGCCGAAGAAAAGCGGCGCAUCCAGACCAACUACGAAGAGAAACUACCAUGGCAUCUGGAGGAUUUCGACGGCAAGCAUUGCCUCAUCGGUCAUCACCAGAUGGGGUCGAUGGGCACCACUGUAGCCUUUGUCUACGAGCCUGGCCAAGAUAAAGGAAAGUAUCGAAUGAUCCCGAUCGAAAAGGUAUAUCAGUUCAAACCUAAGCGCGAGCUGGCACAGCAAAUGUCAAUUGAAGAGGUCGAGGCGGCCAUGAAGAAACGAGGCACGGACCCAGAAUGGCUGAUUCGACAACGAGAGGCACGCAUUGCAGAGGCGUCAAAAGAGCUUGCCGCGAGGAAGAGCAAAGGAUUGUUUUCAGGCGCUGCUCCUACAGAGACUUACGCGGGUCGGACCGGCGAAGAGGCUGACCUGGACUUUGAAGAUGACUUUGCCGACGAUGAGGAAGGUGAUCUCUUCGCCGACAAGGACGAGGACGAAAAGUUUGCGGAGAAGAGGAUCAAAGAAGAUCAGCUGCAGGCCAACUUCUUCGAUCUCAAGGACUUGAAGGAAUACGAUGAAGCAGAAGAACGAGAGCGCAAGGAAGAAGAAGCGCGGAAGAAGAAUUUCCGGGAACUUCGAAAAGCCCUCGAGAAGCGGGAACGCAAUUUCAACCACGCGACUGAUUCUGAGGACGUGUCUACGACGGAUUCCGAAGAAGAACGCGAACGCUUGGAGCGCGAGCGGAUUGCCAACCUCAAGAAAGAAGAAGAAGAAGCCGAAGCCGACGGCAAGAAAUCGGCCCUUUCGUCAUCGGGCGCGAACACCCCGUCAGGCCGCAAGGAGAAGAAGGGCGGUAGUUUCGCAAGCGAUCGUGAAGACGGACUGAAGAAAUCUGCUUCCUCGAAGUCGCUGAAACGACCUGGCUCCCCCAACCUGUCGGAUGCUUCGGGCACAGAUGCCUCGACGAGGAAGAAGAAGCUGAAAUCCCGCCAUGUGUCUUCUGCUCAACCGACACCCGGUCAAUCACGGCCCAUGUCGCCAGCAGACUUGUCUACGCUUGAACCUUCGGCGGCGUUGAAGAUGCGCAGACGUGGCGGGGCCGGGUCCGACACAGACACAGUGAUGAGCGACCGCGACGGCGGUGCAAUGUCCGAUGCCAGCAGGGCCCAGCGUCUCAAACUGAAGGUGUCCGUCUCGCCACCCGGCACUGGUCGGUCGACGCCUCAACCUGGUUCGCGCGUAGGUUCACCCGCUCCAGGAGGACCACGACCGGCUGCCGGUCCUGGCACACCGCAGGGUAGUGAACCAUCUACCGCAUUCCCUUCAGUGCAAGACGUUAGAAACGCCAUUCCGCCCCAAGGUAUCGGGAUUAAGGAUCUCAUCAAGGCGGUUGAACAUCCCAGGGAACGCCGGAAUGACUUCAUCAACUUGGUCAAGGAGGUCGCACGCAUCGAUAAGGAUCGGGGCGUGCUGGUCCUGCGAUGA